CCAGGAAGUGGCGUAAUGAAAGCAAGCGUUGAGGCGCUGAGACGUUUGAGACACAAAUGAGUGGACAGGGGGACUCAUUAUGUCUCAUUUAAAGACUUAAAGAGGCAAACUGUGUUUUCGCAACUGUCGGAGCGACUCAGUGAUAUCCACACAACACCCAGUCGAAUCACUUUGUUGAAAUAGAUUUGUGUCGUGAUGGCAGCUCCCUUACCCCAGAAGCCGGGGAUGACGGGGUUGCCCCCUCAGCAGCAACAGCAGCAGCAGCAGCCUCACCUGCCCCCCAGCACCGCUGCUGCUCAGGGUCAACUGCCUAUGCCCCCUCAAGGAGCUCUGAGAGAAAUCUCCCCAGUGUUCCUCUGUCGUAUCGGACAGGAAACUGUACAGGACAUUGUUACUCGCACCAUGGAGAUCUUCCAGAUCACACGAGCCACACAACUUCCUAAUGGUGUGACUCAGAGCCAGGCCAUGUACCAGGACCGCUUUGGGAAGCUCCAGGAACACCUCCGACAGCUCGCGCUGCUCUUCAGAAAGCUGCGGCUACUGUACGAACGCUGUGUGGAGAUGACCUCUGACCUGCAGGAGAGCCCGCCAGAGCUUGUUCCAUAUGUCGGAGAGGACCUGGUUUCUGUCAGAGUGGAGUCCUGCAGUUCGUCUGUUGUCCAGGAGAGGCAACAAGUACUUGAGAAGGUGCGUCAGAAGAACCAGGAGAUGAAGGUUCUGAUGGAUCAGAUGAGGAACCUGCUUUGGGACGUCAACGCCAUGCUGACACUCAGGAAAUGACUCAUCAUCAGAGUCCACUCUCCUGACCUCCUCCAACGUGAGUACAGACUGUAACAGCAAACCCCAGGAGAAAUAAUAAAGGAGUUUCUGUUGGAUGCUGUCGGACAUUCCACUCAGCGGCUCCUCCUUUGGAUCGAAACUGACACAUUACUCACAUCUUGUCCCACAAUCGUUUGUUACAUUGAACCUGUUAAAGGGAAAUUACAUAGGAGAAGGCGUACAUGAGAGGUAAAUAAGAAUAAGCAUGUUUCAACUCGAUGCACUCCACCUUUGUUUUUGUACAAAUUAGCCGACAACCUGUUUUGUGACUGCCAAGUUUUUUGUUUUUUUUUCUACUGUUUAUUCAAACAAGUUAUAGUCCUGUGUAUUCACACUAUUUAAAUAAUGGGUCGAAACUUGUGUUGCCUCAGGUAAAAAGUAAAAAAAAAAAAAAGUAAAA